AUGAAUGGAAGCGAAACUGCGCCGGGUUCCAUCAAGAUCACGGUCGUGGGGGAUGGCAACACUGGCAAGACCUGCAUGUUGGUGGCCUUCGCGGACAACGAGUUUCCUGAGGAACACGUUCCUACUGUGUUUGACAACUUCAAUGCAGAUGUUGUAGUGGAUGACACCAAGCACAACAUCACUCUUUGGGACACAGCUGGCCAAGAGGAUUAUGAACGUCUUCGACCCCUUUCUUACCCCCCC